UUCAUUGACACCCUUCGCACUCAUCUCCAGAUCUCACCAAACGUUCAUCGCUGUCGUCUCUAACGAACGGUAUUAUGGCGGCGAGCCGAACUGUGAGCUUGGAAGUAAUUCUCAUUUGUUUGGUCGGUUACGCCGUCCUGCAUUGCGUGGAAGCUCUAACUGCAGCUCCUUGUAAGCCAUCAGACUUUAAAUGUACGAACAGGAAAUGCAUCUCACGUGACUGGUUCUGCGAUGGCACCGAUGAUUGCGGGGACAACUCGGACGAACAAUAUUGCAAUAAAAUUAGCAUACAGACCUGCCCGCCUGGUUGGUUUGAAUGUCCACACAAACGUAGAUGCAUUCUUUGGAGCUGGGUGUGUGAUGGAAGGAGAGACUGCGACGGACUUAUAUCUGAAGAAAACUUCUGCGAAAAGUAUACGACGAAAGUACAGGACAACAGUGCUUCGAAACGGGAACUAAAGUCAUGGUUGCUACGAAAAAGAAAAUCGGGAUCCAGAGUAGACAGGUGGGGAUCUCAAAUCCAUCGAAUCGCCGUCGCUUUGCACCUGGCAGACGACACCACCUUCGGGCCCAACAACAGAACGGGGGAGGAAAUCCGGUACGAGCUCACGAUCCAACUGCUGCAUCGACUCUCGAAAGAUAAAAAGAUAAGCUCACAGGAGCUCGCACUGUAUAUACAUGCCCUGGUAGUGGCAUGCAUGGAACCGAGGGACUUCUAUGGCGACAACCUGGUUCGUGAGUUGCGCAGGAGGGUGGAGUCGGAUGGAAACUACACCAACCCCUUCCUGAUUCUCGCCUUGUGCAACGCGGGCGACGUUAUGACGAUCAAAGACUUGGAGAAAGUAACCGCAGCCUACGACUCACAGCAUAGGCCAUUCUGGACAGAUUCUCAGGCAUUGGCCAGUAUGGCCUUGGCCUGCAUUUCUUCUCGUAGUGACGUGUCCGUGGACGAGCGCACCCUCAAGGACAUGCUGCAGGAGUUGAAGAGGCGCCAGUUCAGGAAUGGGACUGUCGACAAUUACAAGACCACCGCUCUUGUCACUCAGGCCCUGUUCAUCCACGACUCUUACAAGAAGGAUUUCGACCUCGAGUCGGCCAUUCAGGUUUUAAUCGGCGGCCUCAACGGAAGCAAAUCAAUUCUGAAUGCCUAUUACAUACUUCCCGUCCUCCAUCAGAAAAGCUUGCUCAAUAUCAGUUCCAGUCACUGCAGCAGGCCGUCAGUUGCAGAAGAGGAAGCUUUAGAGAAAACUUUAGACAUCAAUGGAGAAACGACGAAUGUCCUGUAUUCUGUUUGGCUCGGUGACGAAAUGAAUUUGGCUCGAACUUGGCGACUAAGAAUGCGUGUGAACAGCACUAUUUAUGACGUUAUUGAGACGGUGGCAAAGAUAGACAACAGACAGAGAGUCGAGUACAACGUCGUGGAUGGUAAGCCGUACGUAGCCGCGGUGAAUGGAAAGGAAGAUGAUCCCGAGAUGGGGACUUUCUGGUUCAUAUUCCUAAAAAAUUCAAAUUCUGAUGAAGAUCCGAAGAUGAUAGAAGAAAGUCCCGUGGAUAUAAAACUGAAACCUAAUCAAGAAAUCAUAUUGUGGUAUAAGCGUGGUCCUUGGAGCGGCCAAAGUCUGAUACAGAAUUCUGUUACAUCAUCUUAAAUGUCUUACUAAAUAAUUAAAUAAUUUCCCUUUAUAUAUGAGUAAUUAUUAUUCUUAAAGAUUUUUGUGAACCAUUGCUUAAAUAAAAAGAGAUUUUUUAGCAUUCAA